AUGUCCAACGUCGGCUUACAAGUUAGAAAAGCCGUUCCUACCAUUGAUCCUGUGGUUCAGGACUAUGCGGUUGGAUAUGUCCAGCAUGUUUCAAACAACACUGAGGACUCAGUGACUGCCCAGCAAAUCGAUAUCACCAAAGAGCUCGGCUUCAUCGAGGAGUUGCUUUUAGAUGCUGGUGGAAAACUGGCAGAUGUCCAGAAAUUGGUUUCUGAACUUACAGAGCAACUUGCUAAGAAACUCAAAGAUAACAUGGCCAAGUUGGAGAUCACAGGUGACAAAUCUAAGAGGCUUUUGGAUGUGAAUGUCUUGCAGAAGAACACCAAGAGAGAUAUCAACUCAUCUUUGGCAUUCCUUGGUAACUCUCGUGAUAUUACUCACGCUGGAAGACAGAUUGAGAGUAAGGUGGACGUGAAGAAAUUGGAGAAGCAGGAGAGAAAGAUCGCUAAGAAGGUGGCUAAGAGGAAUAAUAAGUUUGUCAAGUACGAGGCUUCGAAGUUGUUGAACGAACAAAAGAAAGAGGACUACGAUUCCUUCUUCUUGGAAAUUAACCCUCUUGACUUUGGUUCCAGUGCUGGUAAAUCGAAGGAUAUCAAGGUUGAUAACUUUGACUUGUACGUUGGUGACGGUCAGCGUAUCCUUAGCGAUACUUCUUUGACAUUGGCCUACGGCCGUAGAUACGGUCUUGUGGGUCAGAACGGUAUUGGUAAGUCUACUUUGUUACGUGCCUUGUCCAGAAGAGAGUUGAACAUUCCAAAGCAUAUCACCAUUUUGCAUGUUGAGCAAGAAAUCAGAGGUGAUGAUACCCCUGCUUUACAGACUGUUCUUGAUGCCGAUGUGUGGAGAAAGUCCUUAUUGCAAGAGGAGCUGAAGAUUAAUGAGAGAAUUGAGGAGAUUGAGAAGCUCAGAGCUGAGUUCGAGGAAGGAUCUAAUGAACAAACCAAGUUGGAUAAUGAGAGAGGUGACUUGGAUAAGCAUUUGCAAGAAGUCAACGAGAAGCUUAUGGAGAUGGAUUCUGAUAAAGCCGAGAGUAGGGCUGCAUCUAUUUUAUAUGGUCUUGGUUUCACCAAGGAGAGCCAGCAGCAGGCAUCUAAGGCAUUCUCUGGUGGUUGGAGAAUGAGAUUGUCUCUUGCAAGAGCAUUGUUCUGUGAACCUGAUUUGUUGUUGCUAGACGAACCAUCAAAUAUGUUGGAUGUUCCAUCCAUCACAUACUUGGCUAAAUACUUGCAGUCAUACGAGGGUACCGUCUUGGUCGUCUCGCACGACAGAUCGUUCUUAAACGAAGUGGCUACAGACAUUAUUCACCAGCAUUCUGAGAGAUUGGACUACUACCGUGGUUCGAACUUUGACUCUUUCUACAGUACAAGAGAAGAGAGAAUCAAGAACCAGCGUCGUGAGUACGAGAACCAGAUGGCAUACAGACAGCACUUGCAACAGUUUAUUGAUAAAUUCAGAUAUAAUGCUGCCAAGUCUUCUGAAGCCCAGUCGCGUAUCAAGAAGUUGGAGAAGUUGCCAAUUCUUGAACCACCUGAAGAUGAUAAGGUUAUCACAUUCAAGUUCCCAGACCCAGACUCGGUGUCGCCUCCAAUUUUACAAAUCCAGGAUGUCACUUUUGGUUACUCUCCAGAUAAGAUUCUUAUGAAGGACGUCAACCUCGAUGUUCAAAUGAACUCCAGAAUCGCCUUCUGUGGUGGUAACGGUACCGGUAAGACGACGCUUUUGAAGUUGCUUUUAGGCCUGCUUAGCCCGCUUUCCGGUUACAUCAACAAAAACGGUCGUUUGAGAAUCGCUUACUUUGCACAACAUCACGUUGACGCCAUGGACCUUACUCUCUCUGCCGUUUCGUGGAUGUCCCAAACGUACCCAGGUAAGUCUGACGAAGAAUACAGAAGACACUUGGGAUCUUUCGGUAUCACAGGAUCUCUUGGUCUUCAAAAGAUGCAGCUCUUAUCUGGUGGUCAGAAGUCGAGAGUUGCCUUUGCAGCACUUUGUUUGAACCAACCACAUGUCCUCAUUUUGGAUGAGCCUUCUAAUCACUUGGAUACCCAAGGUUUGGAUGCCUUGGCCGAUGCUUUGAUCAACUUCAAGGGUGGUAUUCUUAUGGUGUCGCACGAUGUCUCCACCAUUGAGAGAGUCUGUGACGAGAUCUGGGUCAGUGAAGACGGUACAGUCAAGAAGUUCCCAGGUAACAUUCACGACUACAGAAAGCAUAUUUUGAAAUUGGCCGACGCUUCCGGUGUUGUCAAGCAACAUUAG